AAAUGUAUUACUGGAUUACUUUUCAAUUAUUACUGACAAUUACCCAAAGUAUCGUAGACUGUAUACAUAUUCGAUAUGCCUGAAAGUGUCGAGACUAAACUUGACGAGAAAGUCAAUGCGCUAAACCUCAAGGAAAUUGUUUCUGAGAAGAAACCCGAACCUACUAAGACCGAUGUGGUAGGAGGAGAAGAUGAUGAAGAAGAUGAAGAUGGAGAAGAUGUAGGAGCCAGUGGAACUAGUGAUAAGAAAAAGAAGAAGAAGAAGAAGAGUAAAAAGAAGAAGAAGAUUACUAGUAUUGAUUCACUGUAUCCAGAUGGGAUUUUUCCCGAAGGUGAAUGGCAAGAAUAUCCAUUAGAAAUUAAUAGUUAUCGUACUACAUCAGAAGAAUUAAGAUAUUUAGAUAGACAACAAAAUAAUAAAUGGGAAGAAUUUAGAAAGGGAGCUGAAAUUCAUAGAAGAGUUCGUAAUAAAGCUCAAUCUUCAAUUAAACCAGGAAUGACAAUGACAGAAAUUGCUAAUUUAAUUGAAGAUUCAGUUAGAACUUAUGCAGCUGCUGAUCAUACUUUAAAAGCAGGAAUUGGAUUUCCAACUGGUUUAUCAUUAAAUCAUGUAGCUGCUCAUUAUACUCCAAAUAGUGGUGAUAAACUUAUAUUAGGUAAAGAUGAUUUAAUGAAAGUUGAUAUUGGAGUUCAUGUAAAUGGUAGAAUUUGUGAUUCUGCAUUUACUAUGACUUUUAAUGAAGAUGGUAAAUAUGAUGCUAUAAUGAAAGCUGUUAAAGAAGCUACUAAUACUGGGAUUAAAGAAGCUGGUAUAGAUGUUAGAUUAAAUGAUAUUGGAGCAUCAAUUCAAGAAGUUAUGGAAUCUUAUGAAAUGGAAUUAAAUGGUAAGACUUAUCCAAUUAAAUGUAUUAGGAAUUUAAAUGGUCAUAAUAUUGGUGAUUAUAUUAUUCAUUCAGGUAAAACUGUACCUAUUGUUCCUAAUGGUGAUAUGACUAAAAUGGAAGAAGGUGAAACUUUUGCUAUUGAAACUUUUGGAUCUACUGGUAAUGGAUAUGUUUUACCUGAAGGUGAAUGUUCUCAUUAUGCAAGAAAUGUUGAUACUGAACAUAUUAAUCCACCAUCUAAAAGUGCAAAAGAAUUAUUAGACAGAAUUAAUAGUAAUUUUGGUACUUUACCAUGGUGUCGUAGAUAUUUAGAAAGAACAGGUGAAGAGAAAUAUUUAUUUGCAUUAAAUCAAUUGGUUAGAGCAGGAAUUGUUGAAGAAUAUCCACCAAUUGUCGAUAUUAAGGGAAGUUAUACUGCUCAAUAUGAACAUACCAUUUUAUUACAUCCUCAUAAGAAAGAGGUUGUUACUCGUGGUGAUGAUUAUUAGUUUUUGAUUUUUUUGUUUUUGAUUUUAGUUGGUUAUAUCGGUUAUGUAAAUAAAUAUACAAAUGGAACUAUGUAUCUUAUCAGUAGUAAAAUUUAGUUUGUAAUUAUAGUUUAAACUACUUGCCUAAUUUGGGUAUGUCGCAGAAUAGGUAAUUACUGCGUUUGGCAAUUUAUGUGAUUGCGGCCAACAAAUGAGCCCUGACCGAGCUUGAAUGGGUUUAGUGUUACUGAUUGUGUAUGAUAAGUGAGAGUGAUAAUUACAGAAUGAGUAUGGAGUCUAUUAAGUCUAUUGAGUUAACUGAGUUAACUUUGUACUAAUUAAUCGAGGGUUAAGUAGAGAGAUGUAGACGUAUAAAGAUGUAGGGAAUGCAGCACUGUUAGGCAAUGUAGAUGUAGCACAGAUACAGUAGCGCACACAUUCACUGCAUUUAGAAGCGAACGGUUAAGUUAAGUUAAGUUAAGCUAAGUUUUA